AUGUCUGUUAAACCACAAACUAAAUUGAUGAAACUUGUUUGUAAACGAGCAGCCUUAAUGGAUGAACCCUAUCGUCAACCACCAUGGACAACACAUCAAAUGAGUCAUGUAAAUAAAAAAGAAUCAAAUGUACAUAAAGUGAAACAAACAUUUAAAUCAAUUAAUAAAAUUAAAAAAAUUACUCAACAAACAUUAUUAACAACUGAAAAGGUACGAAUGAUCGAACAAUAUAAUUUUCUACAUGCAAAAUAUCUUCUAAUCGAUAAUAAUUGUUUUAUGUUUUUUUACAAAGAAUAA